AUGUUAGCUUUUGAUAUCGAGACCAAUCCUGGUCCUGCCAGUCCAGUUCCUGAUAGAUCAGAUCUAUGUGGUAUUUGCACCGAGGUAGUGGGUUGGCAUCCUGACCGUGGUAUUUAUUGUGAUGAUUGUGACACCUGGUACCAUGCACAGUGUCAAGGAAUGACCUCACAGGUAUAUGAUUUCCAUAGUAAUCAUCCUGAUGAAUUUUGGCAGUGUCUUAAAUGUGGACUACCAAACUUUGCAUCUUCACUUUUUGAAAGCUCAUCAAUUGUUGACUCUGAAAAUUCCAUUUCUAACACCAGCACAGAUGUAUCCGACAUACAGUCACCAACUACUACAAUCCAACAUCCUCUUUUUAGUAGCACUCCAUCUGGUAAAUCACGCCAUGCAUCAUCUGCUCAUUCAAACAGAGCUCCGAAACAAAUUAGAAGAAAACAAAAUAUUCAACAUCUUAAAAUCAUUACACCCAACUGUCAAUCAGUCAAAAGUAAAAAUUUGGGCUUUCAAGUCAUGAUGUCCACUGUGAAGCCUGAUAUUGUACUCGGUACUGAGUCUUGGCUGAAAUCCCAUAUAAAGAACUCUGAAGUCUUUCCACCAGACUAUAAAGUUUAUAGAAAAGAUCGCAAACGCCGUACAGGCGGAGGGGUUUUCAUUUUGGUCUCAAACAAAAUUAACAGUAAUUCACUACCAGAGCUUCAAUCUGACUCUGAGAUCAUCUGGGCUCAAGUUAAACAGAAAGGUAAAAAAGAUCUUUAUGUUUGUAGUGCCUACAGGCCAGACCGGGACUUUAAUUGCAUCGAUGAAAUCAGUCGUACCACCUCAUUGAUUGAUAACUCAAAUAACACUAUUGUAGUUGGUGGAGAUUUAAAUCUUGGUGAUGUAAACUGGCAAUCUCUCACAGUUAACGCUGGGGCCACCCAUGCCGAAGAAAGUGUUAAACUCCUUGAACUAGCGGAUUCCUAUGGAUUCCAACAAUUGAUUCAUGUACCAACUAGAAUCACUGAUAAAACUCGUAACAUCCUUGAUCUCUUGUUCAUAAAUAACCCAUCCUUGGUUGAUAAUGUAAAAGUCAUUCCUGGUGUUAGCGACCACUGCAUUCCAUUUAUUGACAUAAUUUCAACACCUAGGAUUAACUAUAAAGAAAAAAGAAAGAUAUACUUGUUUAAUAAGGCUGACUGGAAUAGUUUUAAAUCAGAACUGAUACAAUUUGACAUUGAACUAAAAAACUUGUCAGAUAAACUCAAUGUUCAGGUCCUUUGGGAAAAGCUAACAUCCAAGCUGGAGAUUUUGACAAACAAAUAUGUGCCUACAAAUCUGUAA